UGGCAGCCUGGCACUGUGGCGGAAAAUUGCGCAGAACGAGGUUGUCUCUCGUCGGGUGCGAACGCGUUACGGUUUAUAAUAGAUACGCGGUAGGAUAGAAACACCGAGGCUUUUUUUUCUUCGACCCUUUGAUUGUUCGAUCACGUAGAGGAAAUUUAUUAGACCGUUGUUUUCCGUGCAUUUUCGAAACAAGUAAGAGCGAACAGGAAAAGCCGUAACUCGCGUAGUCGUGGGAACAGAGAGAAAGUAAUCGAGAAGAAAAAUGGCAGAGGACAAGAACGAGACGAGCCCGAGCGCAGAGGGUGAAAAGUCACCGCAGGAAGCGGCACCGGCUGAGAAGCAAGAAAAAGAAGAACCGACAGAAAGCAAAGAGGAACAGAAGAAAGUUGAGGAGAAUGGCGACGGUGAGAAACCCAAGGAGAAUGGCGAGGAGAAACCCACGCCAGAGCCGAAGGACAUGCGGGCGAUAGUACUGAACGGUUUCGGCGGACUGAAAAGUGUCAAGGCUCUCAGGAAGCCUGAGCCCUCCCUCGGCGAGGGAGAAGUCCUUAUUCGAGUCAAAGCAUGUGGACUAAACUUUCAAGAUCUGAUGGCCAGACAGGGUGCUAUCGAUUCCCCGCCGAAAACUCCUUUUAUUAUGGGGUCCGAGUGCGCAGGUGACAUCGAGCAGGUCGGCGAGGGCGUGGAGAACUUUAAAGUGGGCGAUCGAGUGGUCGCGCUUCCUGAUCACAAAGCGUGGGCGGAGCUCGUUUCAGUGCCGGCGACGUCCGUUUUCGCACUGCCUUCAGGAAUGAGCUACCUCGAUGCCGCAGCGAUCACAAUGAACUACACCGUUGCUAACAUUCUGCUUUUCGAGCUGGCCAACCUGGCACCUGGAAAGAGUCUUUUGCUUCACAGCGCCGGCGGCGGAGUGGGUCAGGCAGUGGUCCAGCUCGCCAAGACCGUGAAAGACGUGACCAUCUUCGGUGUAUGCAGCAAAUCGAAACACGAGGCCCUAAAGGCUGCCGGCACUAUCGACCACCUCUUGGAACGCGGCACGGAUUACUGCAACGAAGUCAGGAAGAUCUCCCCUGAGGGCGUGGAUAUAGUUCUCGAUUGUCUGUGCGGCGAGGAAUGCAACAAGGGAUACGCGUUGCUGAAACCUAUGGGGAAAUACAUCCUGUACGGAUCUAGUAACGUCGUCACUGGCGAGACAAAGAGCUUCUUCUCGGCUGCGCGAUCGUGGUGGCAGGUAGACAAAGUGUCGCCCAUAAAGCUCUUCGACGAGAACAAGACGCUCUCGGGACUGAAUCUUCGCCACCUGAUGUACCAGCACGGCAGCCAUGCGUUUGUACGCCGAGCAGUGGAUCGUGUAUUCAGCUUGUGGAACGAGGGCAAGAUAAAGCCUGUGGUGGACUCAACGUGGGCCUUGGAGGACGUACCGGAAGCCAUGCAGAAGAUGCACGAUCGCAAGAACAUCGGCAAGAUCGUUCUGGACCCGAGUUUAGAGCCGAAGCCGAAGCCUGCGACGCCCGCCAAGGGAAAAACGAAGGACAAGAAGGCGGCCAAUCAGGAGGAGAAGAAAGCGUCGAGCGUAGAAUCGGAGGAGGGCGAGAAGAAGAAGGAGCCGGAGUUGACAAACGGAACGUCCGAAGAUAAAUCCGACAGCGAUUCCAAAGAGAAAGAAUCGAGCUGAAUUAGCGGCGGUAGCUGAUUCGAUUGUGCGUAUAUAUAUACAUAUAAAUAUAUAUAUAUAUAUUUAUAUUAUAUAUAUAAAUAUAUAUAAAUAUAAAUAUAUAUAUAUAUAAGGCAAGAAGCAAAACUGGUAUCCCACAAAGAUCUAGAAUUUUCAGAUAAGUACUAACUUCAUUAUUAAGAGGGUCAUCUACGAUUGUUGCCGCACGGGAAAGCCGAAUUUGAUCCAACAAUUGACUAUAUAACGAUCUCGGAAAAAUCGCAGAUGACGAACUUCAUCUUCUUCUUAAAGAAACAAAAAUAGCAAACAGAAAUGAGAAUCGAGCGAUGCUUUACACGGGUUAAAUUGAAUAAUUUAACGAAUUGUCUGGUUUCAUCCGGGAUGUCGAAUUAGCUCCAGAAUCAUUUGCAUGCUUCUGUUCCCUUCCCAUCUGUUUGCUGCGCUGAGAGUUCGAGGGAAUCGUAAGUAAAAGUGAUGGAAAAAGGAUUAAAAAGAAUUAAAAAGAAAAAAAAAGAGUAAAAACGUGAAAAAAACAAAACGAAUAAAAAUAAAAUUUAAAAAAAAAAAGACAACAAUCAUCCCUCGUGUGCGAACAAGAGGGAAACAAAGAUACAAACAAACGACAACCAAAUACAAAUAUCAAUUUCGACGCGGUCCACAGUAGUUUACAGAAUAUAAAAGAACUAUUAUUUUUAUUUUUUCACACUGACCAAAACGAAUUGAUUUCACAUAGAACGAACGCUUGUUGCACACCAGACUCGUUGGGCGGUCUGAUAAAAGAUAACAUUGCGGUUGGCCUUUUUUCUGACGUGUAUUUCCACGCUUUUCGUCUAACAGACUACUCGUACUUAUCGAAAAUAUUGAAAGUAAAGAAGAAGAAACAAGAACAUUGCGAAAUACCGCCCAACGAUCCUGCGCUGGCCAGCUAAUCGCUACUUUAUCUACUCGCAUUGACUACUAUUCGCUGCUGCGAUACAUAUAUAUGCAGUAACAUUUUACACUACUAUAAUAGUACCAUUUAUUGUAAUUUAAUAGAAUAUGGUAAUCUAAUUGAGCUUUGAGGAUGGGAAUUGCGUAGAGAAAGAAAGAGAGCGAGAGAAUGCUGCCCGCCUGAAAGCUGAAAGGAAAAGUGACUGCGUAGUACUUCUUUUACGCGUGUCUCUCUUCUUUUUUAUCGACUUUGAUUUUUUUUUUUAUUAACGAAUAUUGUCGCGAAACGCUAUAUUAUUAUAGCUUCGAAGUUUUAACGAUAGUCAAAUUUAGAGAGGUUAAGGCACUAUCUUUGUACCAAGAUUCUUCGUAUUAUUUUUAGAUAUACUUGUUCUUAAAUUCUGUAAAGUCGACAAAAGUACUCAAUCCUAUGAUUGGUAUGCACCUUUAAAAGAAAUGAAAUCUACAACUUUUGCAACGAUUUACCAACAACGCAUGUCCGUUACUUAUGCGUACUUUUUACCAUCUUACGUAGAAAAACAAGAGUAGCGUUACUUGGAACGACUUUUUAAAAAUAUUUUACCCUUUUGACGACGAUUCUAUCAGACUGACACCUCAAAUACAAUCUCCACUCAAAGUUGUCCCAAGAAUCGAGAAUCAAUUUUAAUUUUCGUAACCAGUAUCUUCUAACGGUAGAAUGAACGAUGGGACAAUGUCUCAGUUUACGUGAAAUCGAGUACCGAUAUUUUUCGACGUAUGAUUGUGACUAUCGAGAAACCAUUUUGUAAACAAUCUUUUUAAUCUAUAUACAGUCGAGUGGUGAUCUGAACGAUUGCAUAAGAGAGGUACGUUAACGCAAUUGAUUUGUUGAACGAAUGUUCUAAUGGUGUUGAGAGAACGAAAAAAAAAAAAAAGUUAACGACGGAUAAUGCCGAUCCUCGUCGUCUCAUUUUAGGUGAAAUUCGAGAUUUUACCGCAAUCGACGAAAUGACGAGAAAGAUUUAAUGGAAAAAAAAAAAGAAAAUACGGAAACGGAAGAAAGAAAUGGCUCGGAAAAGAGCGCGUUGAUGCAGAGUGAAAUGCAUAUCUCUCCGAAACGGUUGGAACAAUUUUUAUGUAGCUCGGAUUCUGUUAGAAUUUGAUACUAGCUCUGUAUACCAAUAUAUCUAUAUUAUAAAAGAUCACUAUAACAAGAAGUUGCGGACGAGGGGGAGCUAUACAUAUUAUAUAUAUAAAUAUAAAUAUAAAUAAAUGAGUAAAUAAUUAAAGUAAGUCGACAACUUCUGUCGUCUUCGUGAGUCGUUGUUGGCCGACGCGUAAAAAAAAAGGUGUAAGAACUAUAAGAUUUAUUAACUAUAUAUUAACUACUACUACUAUUACUACUACUACUACUACUACUACUACUACUGCCGUAUCGAGUCUCUCAAUCCAACAGUACACGAGUACUUGUAUCGCAUCAAGAACGUUAUAUCAAUUUUCUGUAAACAAGAAGAAAAGAAAAAAGAAAAUGGCAACAUAGAAAUCGUAGGCGAAUAGAUAAACUCCGUGGAGAAAUGAUCGACUGUGGCUACAUAUUUUGAGACAUUUUUUAAACGCGUAUGAGUACAGGCUAAAGUAAAUUAAGUUCGAAACGACACAAGUUUCCUCCUCGCGAGGAACACGGUACACUUUUAUUCAUAUAAAACGCGACGAUAAACACAUCAUACUGUAUAUUUUAUGUAAGGCUUUAAAUGUUUCAUCAAAUAACUCUAUUAUAUUAUAAUAUAUCUAUAUAUUUGUAUCGAUCGUUUUCCCUAUCCUGAUCAUUGGUUUAGGUCCGGAAUUUUGUAUCAGCGUCCUAGAAUAUCUGUAGUUAAUGCUCGGCGUCGAUGGACCUUUGCAACAUCUUUUAACCCUUUACAGUCUGGAAUCGGUCUUGCCCUUCUAUGGCAACUGUUUUACCAGAAUAUAUUCUAUCGUACUGCUUUUAUAGACGCACAUAUACAGGGUGUUCGCGUCGUUACUGAUCGACACUUUUGGAAAUGAAUGGCAUAAGAAAGACAUGGAAGUUACGCUCUUUGUUUUUUAUAAGGGAUACUACUACAGCGUGAAAUCGAUUAUCGACUCUUAAACAAACGCAUUCCUUAUACAAAAUUAAUCCUAAAUUAUUCCAGUUAUUUCGAUGAAAGGUUUUAAGCGACAACAACGCAAACACCUUCCUCGUAUAUUAUGGCAACAGAAACAUAGAAUAAAGGAAAACUGUUCAGUUGUCCGUGGACAGGACUGCUUUAAAUUGUUUAAACUGUUCGUUUCACAGGAGACAAAAUCUCGCAGAGUUGCUGAAGUCAGCAGCUCGUCGUAAAAUAAUACAAUGAUCAUUUUUCAGUCCCAACAGUUGGGUCUUAGUUACAGACACGUACCUUUGAAUUUGUAAAUCUUGCUCAGAGCGCUAGCGUUAUUCUCGAACUAUUUUACGUGUAAUCGAGGAAACUCAAUCUGUGUUCUCUAACACUUUUUGUAUUCAUUUCCAAAAUUACAGAUACCUCCUGAAACGAGAUCAAUGGGUAGAAUUGCAGAGAUCGGUUUAUUCACUUUUAAGAGACCUGUUUGAUACGUUUAGCUCAUGAAUAUGCGCUCCAAGCGAACCCUCGUCUUCAAAAAUGAGCAUAGAUCAUACUGCGCAGUCUUUGUCCUAAUGUGAUUGCACUUGAUCGAAAAUUGUAACCACUAUAAUUUAUUCUGCAACUUUUUUUAAGUAAUUGGACCGUAUCGCAAAUGGGAGAUUUCUACACGUUUUAUUAUGCAACCGCAAUUAGGCUACGAUUCAACCAAGGGUUCACCAAGAGUAGGACCAAUAAUAUCAUUCCGUAACAAAGGACGUACCAUUUUGUUUCAUUUUUCUAUUCUCCUUCUUUCCGUUAACCGAGACCUACCUACAUCGUGGGAGAACAGGACCUACAGUUUCGCAACGUGAUACAUCAUAUAAUUAUAUGUAAAAUUGUAAAAAUCGUGUUGGGGGUUCGGGCGAAAGGGCAGAUGUUUUCUUUGACCAGGAACCGUUCUUUUUUGCCCUUCCGGAUUAGGAAGGGUGCUCUCGAGAAAGAAAACAAAAACAUUUUUCGCCUGCUCUCCGGAAGCUCGAUAUAUAGAUUGUAUUUUUGGCUUAUUAUUGUAAGACUGACUAUGUUGCUAUAUUAAUGAUUGCUUCGAAAAUA